AUGUCGGGCAUCCACCCCGAGGUUAUCACUCACAGGUUGUCCAUAUUUCGGGAAGCACGACCUGUUACUCAGAAGAAGAGAAGGCUCGGUACAGAAAAAAGAGCCGUAGUACAGAAGGAAGUUGAUAAAUUGAUCUCGGCCGGAUUCAUCCAUGAAAUAACCUAUACCACAUGGUUGGCAAAUGUGGUUAUGGUUAAAAAGUCGAACGGUCAGUGGAGAAUGUGUGUAGAUUUCACUGACCUAAACAAGGCUUGCCCCAAAGACAACUAUCCCCUUCACAGCAUUGAUCGUCUGGUAUACGGUGCCUCCGGUCGUAUGGUCCUCAGUUUCCUAGACGCAUACUCGGGGUAUAACCAAAUUCCAAUGUACGCUCCAAAUCAAAGUCAUACGACUUUCAUCACCGAGCAAGCCAAUUAUUGCUACGAGGUAAUGUCGUUCGGCCUAAAGAACGCAGGUGCCACCUAUCAACGACUCAUGGACAAAAUCUUCCACAAUCAAAUCGGACAGUGCAUGGAGGUUUAUGUGGAUGACAUGGUCGUACACAGUUGUUCCCAUCAGCAACAUUUACGAGAUCUAACAGAGGUUUUCCAGCAACUCAAAAGGUACGAUUUACGCCUAAACCCGUCCAAAUGUACUUUCGGCGUAUCAGCAGGUAAAUUUCUCGGGUUCAUGCUAACAAGUCGCGGAAUCGAAGCCAACCCAGACAAAUGUCGGGCGAUUCUGGAAAUGAAAACGCUGACCAAAUUGAAGGAGGUCCAGUGCCUAGUCGGACGCCUCACCGCUUUAUCACGGUUCAUACCGAGGCUUUCCGAACACAUCAAGCCAAUACUCAAUAAUAUGAAGAAGAAUGUUCCUCGGCACUGGGACGAUCACUGUGAGACGGCCUUCUCCGCCGGAACCGAGGAGCGAUAUUCACAGGUGGAAAAAGUAGCGUUGGCCCUGCUUACUGCGGCCAGGCGGCUGCGCCCGUAUUUUCAAAGCCAUCAAGUGGUCGUCCGAACCGAUCACCCUGUCGCCAGAAUCCUCAAGAAACCGGACUUAGCUGGAAGGAUGGUUUCCUGGUCCAUUGAGCUAUCCGAGUUCGGCCUACGCUUCGAGCCACAAGGCUCCAUCAAAGGGCAGCAUUUGGCGGAUUUCGCAGCUGACUUACCCUCGGCAACAGAACCGUCCGUGUGGAAUUUGAACGUUGACGGAUCUUCAGACAGACGAGGAGCAGGAGCUGGAAUAGUAUUGGAGGGGCCGAAUGGUAAUCUUGUCGAGCAGGCCAUCUUUUUUACUUUUCAACUCAGCAACAAUCAGGCAAAGUAUGAAGCUCUCAUCAGCGGAUUACUCCUAGCGGCAGAACUGAACGUCCAACAUCUAGAAUGCCGAAUGGAUUCUCAUUUGGUCGUGGGGCACAUUAAUGGCACCUUCCAGGUCAAAGACAACCAGCUGUUGCGGUACUACCAUAAGGUCAGUGACCUUAUCAAAACGUUUGACAUUUUCAGAAUUAUUCAUGUCCCCAGAGAGCAAAACUCCCGAGCAGAUUUGCUCUCCAAGCUAACACAUAGCCGAGGGAAUUCCCAACUUACCUCGGUCAUUAAAACCAAGUUAGACCGACCUCUUUUAGAAACGUGCGCCACCAGUGUCACUCCUCCCACAACCGACUGGCGGCAUGAAAUAAUUCAGUUGAUAAUCCAGCAAGAGCAAGGCGCUCGGAUGAGUGCGGCUGAUUCUAAGCAAAUUGCUCGCUUUACAUUCGUUGGGGAUGAUCUUUAUCGCCGCGGAUACACCACGCCUCUGUUGAAAUGCCUGUCCGGUGAAGAGGCCAAAUACGUCAUGCAGGAACUACAUCAUGGAAUUUGCGGCUCUCAUUCAAGGAAGAGAACACUUAGGGCCAAGAUAUUACGAGCAGGUUUUUACUGGCCUACAAUUGAACGAGAUUGA